CAUCGCUGCAUCGGGAGAAGCGGCGUCGGCCAGCCGAGAAUCGGAGCGAUGGCGGAAGCGGCGGCCGAGAAAGCUUAUUACAGAUUCCUUGUGCUUUUCUUCAACUGUCUCUUGACCUUUGGCUCCUACUUCUGUUUUGACAUUCCCAGUGUCUUGCAAGAACAGUUUCAAGGGAAUCUAACCUGCCCCAACGGAACUCAGCACAAUGGCACAGAACGUAAUGCAACAACUGAUUGCGUGGAAGGGCUUGGAAUGACUCCUGAAGAAUACAACCUUCUAUAUGCCAUCUAUGCCUGGACUAAUGCACUGGUGGUGAUUGUGGCUGGCUUCCUGAUUGACAAACUGGGGAACCGCUUUGGGGUCUUUGUUUUCUCGUUCCUGACCGUCUUGGGAUCAUCCAUUUUUGCACUGGGCUCCCACCUAAAAGGAACUCCGUACCUCUUGCCCCUGAUGCUAACUGGCAGGUUGCUUUUCGGUUCUGGAAAUGGAUCGCUUACAAUUGUGCAGAACCGCAUCACUGCCUUUUGGUUCAAGGGGAAAGAGCUGGCGCUCGCCUUCGGGCUGACGCUCUCUUUCUCCCGUCUUGGCAGCGUCCUCAACUUCUUUUUCACCCAGCAGUUUGAAAGCCAUUUCGGGAUCCAGUGGACCCUUUGGGGAGGAGCUUUGUUAUGCGUGCUGGGCUUUAUUUCAGCCAUCAUUGUUAGCGUGCUGGACAAAGUGGGCACGAAGCAGCUCGGCUUGGAUGGAGUUCUCCAACAAGAGUCCAAGAAAGUGAAAGUUCAAGAUAUCCGGCACUUACCCCUUCGCUACUGGCUUCUGGUCCUUACUAUAAUGUUCUUCUACAAUGGGAUCUUCCCUUUUGUGGCCGAUGCAAGUAAGUUUAUCCAAGAUAAGUAUUCUGGCUACAGUCAACAGGCAGCUGCUUAUAUAGCUGGAGCGGUUUACGACAGCUCUCUUGUGCUCUCGGCGGCUGUCGGCAUACUCAUCGAUUAUAUUGGGCUGAGAGGUGUGUUUGCUGUCGGUUGUGCGGUGCUAACGUUGCCCGUAUUUGCUCUCUUGGCCUUCACAUUCGUUCCCCCACUAGUCUCCACCAUCUGGUUAGGAAUCACCUACUCCUUUGCAGCUGCCAGCAUGUGGCCUUCAAUUCCACUUGUGGUUCCUCAAGCAACAUUGGGAACAGCUAUGGGGCUGGCGACAUCCGUGCAAAUGAUCGGGAUUGGCCUCUCUAAUGUGAUCGUAGGACGAAUCUUGGGAACAAAGUCCAGUGAACUGAAGAUCCCCUUGUGGCGCUGGCAGCAGAUGAUGAUCUUCAUGCUGGCCAACACCGUCGCUUGCAUUGGCACCUCUGUCUGCCUUAACAUAGUAGAUAAGAAGCAGGGUGGCACGUUGAACCGCUCGACCAAACGCUCACCGACUGAGGCAGUGGCCCAGCCGCCAGCUGACGCAGCUCCCCUUCUCAAUGAGACGGAAGAACCAUCUAUCAACUAAAGAAGAGGCCUUCGGGACAUGGGGUAUAACACAAAUGAGCCUCGUUUCCAUUCUCCAUGUCCUCCUUUUUUCCUCCUUUGGGGGUUUGAUAAGGGAAUUUAAAGAUCAGGACAUAAAUCUGGUGGAUAGGAAUAGCUGUUUUUCGAAUAGCUGCUAGGUGCUAUGUGCUAAUUGAAAAUCUUACACUAUAAUUAAUUCUACAGCUGCCAUGAGUGCCGAGAUCUUUUAAUGCCAAUUUUGAGUUAUUUAGCCAUUAAGAUGUCUUCUUUAUUGCGGGAAAUUUUCUGCUGAAGAGAUUGAAAAAGUUUUUUUCUGUAGAUUUUAAACUGGAUGAAAGGCGGGAAUGUAAAUUACUCUGUGCAAGCAAUUGUAUAUAUAAACCUUGCACUCAUUUUUUUUUUAAAGUCAUCUUGCACUGUUAAAGGCUAAUCAUGGAUUUCAUCCUUGUAGCACCCACCACAGCAGUAUUAUCAAAAUCCUUUAUAAUUUUCCUUUUCCAAAAUCAUGAGGUUUUAACUCAAGGUUUGCCUUCCUCACACAUCUGUUUCGAUUAUAUUGGUUUCUUUUUAAAAUGAAAGUAUUGAAAAUCCUAAUAUAUUCAGGAACUGAGACAUUAUAGUACAUUCCCAGAUAUUUCAGUUUCCAUUUCUCCUUUCUUGACUUCUUCUGAAGAAGGGUUCCAGUAGCUCCUUCCUGACCACUUGGGGAUAUAAAGGCUAAUAUGAACGAUUAUUGAUUUGACUGCAUAAUGGAUAUUGAAUAUUCUGUAUCUCUUUAGCACAAUGUCCUUACUAGUAAUGGUGGCUAUAUAACUUGUCAAGAGGGCUGUUUUAACUUUGCUCUAGAAGUAGAAACAUAAUACCCAUUAAGAUAAUCUAUUAACAGUUAACUAUAUUCACUUCAGAGUUAACCACUCUUGAUAGGCCAAACCCAUCCCAAAGGCAUUGGAUGCUUUGAGCCAGCAGUAAGUAACGUGAUCCAGUAAUGAGUUAGCUUUUGGCUCUGCUGUCCCUCACGUGGUUAGCUGGCCUUAGACUUCAGAUGAUGUACUGCAAUUAGAAAAUAUAACAAGCACAUGCCAAUAACUUUCCCCAGCUAUCUAGAUAUAUAUCAACAUGUAUCUAGAUAUCUAGCCAAUUAUUGAUGGGAUUCAACCACUUGGUAGGAAAAAUCUCCAGAAUUUGGAAGAAUAUUGCAGGCAGGUUGUAGACAGGCCUCCCUGAACAUAGAUGGAUGGGUUUCUGUAAAAACACACAACAGCAUUCCUGACCCUCUUCCUUCUAUCAUCUCCCGGUUCAAAAUUGCAAGCUCAUUUUUAGCCCAACUAGACAACCCAUGGUCCAGCAGGACAUCUUCUCAGAGAUAUUUCCUGACCAGGUAUCCUAAUGUCUUUGAAAUCAAAUUCAAGAUAUAUUCAGAGAUGCAACUGCCUUGAAAAUAGCCCAUGUGGAACUGUAUAGCACAAACACAAUGCGGAAAAAUGCUUUAUGACAUUUUUGUAUUAUGUCACAAACAGUUUUGUGAGGGUUCUUAUGUCCAUAACAUAUUUUAUAACGUUUGCCAAAUUUCAAUCCCGUGAUUGAAUUUGGGACACUUUCUGUAAAGUUAGCCCAUUUAAGGCACCUUGGUCGAAAACGUUUUGCCCCAUGAUGCAUUUGGUCAAAGAUUACAGGAAUGAGAUCUCUAUGGAGACUCUCAGUCAUCCAAGGUCACGGUUGUCCCAAAGGUGUUUUUUCAAGAGGCAACCUGACUUUCUUGGGUUUUCCUUCAAGGCGUUUCGCUUCUCAUCAAGAACUUCUCAUUCAGUUCUUCUCAAGAACUGAAGAAGCAAAACAUCUUCAAGGAAAAACAAAGUCUAGUUGCCUCUUGAAAAAGCACCUUUGCUACAGGAACCAGUGUUUUAAUAAUAUAUAGGUGCCAAACUUGGCUUGAUCUCCUACCUCAGCUUGUAGUAGAAGAAAAGUGACCUGCAACUCUGCUAAGGGAAGACCACUUGGAAUGCUAAGAUUUAGAAUGGGAAAGAGCCGAGGUGGCGCAGUGGUUAGAGUGCAGUACUGCAGCUACUUCAGCUGACUGCUAGUUCAGCAGAUCAGCGGAUCAAAUCUCACCGGCUCAAGGUUGACUCAGCAUUCCAUCCUCCCGAGGUGGGUAAAAUGAGGACCCAGAUUGUUGGGGUCAAUAUGCUAUUUAGUAUACUGCCUUUGGUGUAAGCCGCCCAGAGUCCUCGGAGAGUGGGCGGCAUAGAAAUAUGAAUACUACUACUACUAAUAAGUAUGAUAGGUACAUUUUUGUGACGCCAGCACGGUCACUCACAGGAGGCCUCUUUGCAAAAUUAAGAGCCAGUCACAGUUACAAGCAUCCCAUCUACUCUGAAAUGAUGUCUGCACCACUUUCGCCAGUCCUUUUAAAUGAACCAUUGGGUUACAUCUUAUUUAACUUUUCUCCGAAUGCCUGUAUAGCCCAACUCACAUGAAAAUAAAGACUGCCAACUUAAUUUUUUUUUAUUGUCAAAUGAUAUAAAGAACAAUGGACACAAGCUUGAUUUGUCUAAUAGCAACACUCUUCACAUUUGGAUACUAGAGUGGGGGGAAAGGGAUAGUGGUAAUGUUACAAAGGGUUUGAAUUUUUUUUAAAAAAAUGCAGAUGUACCAGACAGCCUUGACUGAUGAGAGAACCAAUGGCACAAAAAUGGAUUCAAUCAAGUUAAUUAUUAUUUCCCUGAACACUAUUACAAAGAAAGACUUAAAGGCAUUUCAGUAGAACAAAAACAUUUUUGUAUUUAUGACAGGAGGAACUGGGGAAAUUCUUCUCAUUCCUCUGUACAGAUUGUCAAUUUCACAAAAGGAACUGCUUGCAUCUUAACCUGUUCACAAAAGUCUUAGGAAUGAGUGGGUUGCCUAUGUAAACUAACAGUCAGUUCAAGGGUUGAAUGUCAAGGUUGCAUAGCUAAUGACUCUGCCACCUCGCAGUGGCUAUUAGCACAAAUAAAAGGAAUUUUAUAAACCUUGCUUCUGUUUUGCUCCCAACAAUCGCAUUCUUUACAAUUCAUGUAAUAUACUGUGUGCUUGUUUGGUUACAGUAAAAUCUCUGGAUUACCAGCCACUUGGGAAGAAGUGACUGGUUUUUAGGAGAGGCACCUGGGGCUUAGACGAUCUUAGUUCGUACAUGUAAAACUCAUGAUAUGGCUAUAAGGGGAUUAAAAAAAGACUUGAAGAAUCCAUCGGUUCUACUGUAAUGGACUAACAAAAUACAGUUGUUUAUUAAACAGCUUGAUUCAACAUAUUUGAGUUAUUCUUAACUCCUAAUGUAGGUUUUUUUUUU